UUCCCUCUCUCUUUCCCAAAUGCUUCCCUUCCAGCCCACACGGACUUUCCAUUUCACACAGCCCUCCCCCUGACAUCACAGGAGGCAGAGGCGCACCCUCGCCCCGGUCCAAACUCCACUUACAAAGCCCGACAUUAUAUCUGUCAGAGAGGAGACCUGCAUGGACAAAACCGGCACAAAUACUCAUGUUUUCGUGCGAUUUCCGGCGAUGAGGGAUUCCAGAGGCUUAGCGCACCUCCAAUUACCAAAGAAGGGGCUAUUAGGCUCAGUUAUUUGUUAGAAAGGGAACGAAUAAAGGAGAAGGGGUGUGCAUGUUACUCGGCGGGCUUCAUUUCCUCGGUGCUGCAGAGCAGGAGCUGGAUGACAUGAUGCUGCAGAGCCCGCUCACCUCCACGCCGUUUUCUGUCAAGGAUAUCCUCAAGCUGGAGCAGCAGCAGCAGCAGCAGCAGCAGCAGUCCGGGUCCCUGGAGCUCCGGCACCGGCCCCACACUCAGCAGCAGCUCACCGGCUCUCCUCCCCAGCAGCAGCAGCAGCAGCAGCAUUUCCAAACCCCGCCGUCCUGCAUGCUGGCCGGGGCCCGGGACAGUCCUUCCUUCUCGGACGGGGAGGACAACCUGGCCUACUUGAGCGCGCUGGCGGUGCGGGAGGAGGAGCGCGGGGAGACCAGCCUGUCCCCGGACAUGUACGUCCACCCCGGCCUGCAGGGAGCCAAGCUGGAAGCCGCCGAGCUGGACGAGCAGGAGAGCAAGAGCUGCGGUUUGGUGUCCCGGGAGGAGGCGGCGGACGGCGGCCACGGGGACUCGGAGCGGCCGGCGCAGAAGCAGCGGAGCCGGCGGAGGCCCAGGGUGCUCUUCUCCCAGGCGCAGGUCUUCGAGCUGGAGCGGCGCUUCAAGCAGCAGCGCUACUUGUCCGCCCCUGAGCGGGAGCACCUGGCGACCACCCUCAAGCUCACGUCGAACCAGGUGAAGAUCUGGUUCCAGAACCGCCGCUACAAGUGCAAACGGCAGCGGCAGGACAAGUCCCUGGAGGCGGCGGGGCAGCACCACCCUCCUCCGCCCCGGCGCGUCGCCGUGCCGGUGCUGGUCCGAGAUGGGAAGCCGUGUUUGGGCGGCGCGCAGGGCUACGCCGCCGCCGCCGCCGCCCCGUACGGAUCCAACCCGUACAGUUAUAACGGAUACCAGGCGUACACAUACAACAGCCCCGCUUACAACAGCAACUACAGCUGCACGUACACCAGCAUCCCCGCCCUGCCUCCGUCCAGCACCUCCAACGCCUUCGUGAACAUGAACUUGGGAAACAUGAGCGGCCUCGGCGGCUCCCCACAGGCCCAGACACACCAAGGGACAGCGGUCACGUCCUGCCAGGGCUCCCUGCAGGGGAUCCGGGCCUGGUAGUCUCACAAGAACAAGAACUAAUGCCCCCCACCUCCACCUCCACCUCCACCUUCACCCCCGUUUUUUAAUGGAGCUCUUUCAGUUUGGUCAAGCCACAACCUUUUAGAAGAGUGAGUGUGUGUGCGUGUGUGUGUGUGUGUGUGUGUGUUAGGUUGGUCACAAACGCCCCAGACAAACAGUGUUGCUUAUGUAAUGGACGUGUGAAUUCACCUGCCAGAUGAGAUGACAUUUCACUCGUAUUUCCGGGUCCUUCAGGUGUGCCACAGCCGAAAUCAGCGCGCGUGAAGGCACCUGAGGAGUCACAGCUUGAGACUUCAGUCUGACAUGCAGAAAUCGUUGGUGCUCUGAGGGGGAAACUCGCGCAGAAAGAAAGACGAUUUGGUUUUUUAAUGUUUGUUUUUAACAUGCUAUACUCUAGACUGAAUUGCUUUAAAUUGUUUUCCUUUUUCGAUCAACAGAGAAUUGUUUUAGUUAAU